AUGAAGAGUAAUGUCUUCGUUGGUCUAAAGCCGGUUUUGGGAUCUGUGGUCUCUACUUGUGAGCCCAAGGAAGAUCGGUAUGACUACGUGCUACAUCCCAUCACCAACAGCAGAUACAGAGAUCGAGUCAAGAGUACUUUCCAGGAACACAGGCAGCGGCACUUAGAAGGCCAAAAUGGUAUUCUAGAAGUUCCCGAACCGCAGCUCAAAGAUCUAUGCAUGCUUCCACAGUCUCUCAAAAGGGACGCACCCGCUUUGAUAGGUUUGUUGGCAUCUUGGGUUGAUUUGGAGAGCCCAGACCCAUACGUUCAAGAGCUGAGUCUGCAAGUUCUUGCAAACGAGCAACGCUACGCUACAUUCAUGAGCAUCAAACAGCUGAUUCUAGCCCCGCCAAAGAAUUUGGCACAUCUCAAUCGGUACGCGCUAAUGGUGGCGCGGCUACUUCACCAGUGGAAUGAUGCCGAAGAGAAUGAAGCCCCAGUGCUUUCAAUUUCACUUCCAUUCUUUGAAGAUUCCGAUCCUCUUUCCACCUGGGAACUUUGGUGUACGGUACGCAAAAUUUGCUCCUACCAUCCAAGACUGACUAUAUCGCUGGCCCUCCCGCGCGACAGAGUACCCACGCAUGUGUUGCAAAGAUGGCUUGCCGAACCAGUGACCUGCCUUUUAGUCUCUUCCUCAAUUUUUGCUACAAAUCAGUACAACUACCCCGUUCUCAACAAGUACAAUCAGCAGAUCAUAUUCGAGUUUCAGAAAGUUAAUGCCUCUUCCCAACCAAAGCUUUCGGAACUAUGCGUUAUUCUUCAUGGCGUCGAAAAGUACGCGUUCCAAGUAAAAGGUGGUGAAGCGGCUUAUCUGGAGUACAUCAACUAUCUACUCAAGAGAGGCGACAAAAUCAUGUUAGCGGAUUCAAAUAUGCAUGCAUUCGUGGAGCCACGCGUGAUGCCACCACUUGAUCCUUAUUCGACUGACAUCUCCAAUGCAGUAUAUCAAAAUUUUGAACAGGACAAAACCAAGUAUCAUCUUUAUGGAAAAGCAAUUAUCAAGGCACUCCAUAAGCUAAAGAUAGAUUUAGCAGCCUCCAAAAGUCCAUUGGUAAUUCUGGUUGCUGGGGCAGGACGAGGGCCACUGGUUGAUGAGGCAUUCAAGGCUGCGACUGAGCUGAAAAUUAUAAACUUUCGAAUCAUUGCUUUGGAGAAAAGCUCUCGAGCUAUCCUUUUUUUGCAAAAGCGCAAGCACGAAUACUGGAAAGAUUGUGUUGAGAUUGCAAAAAACGAUAUAUGCUCUUGGCGAAGCGACGUCCAGAUUGACCUCUGUAUAAGUGAACUGUUGGGUUCAUUUGGAUGUAACGAGCUGUCCCCCGAAUGCUUGUCGCACGUGGAGAGGUACAACAGCAAACCUUCAACCAUAUUUAUACCCCAAAGCUACUCUUCAUUCAUUGCCCCGGUAUCUGCACCACUACUUCACCAGACUUUGAAAAGAAUAAAUGUCCAGGAUCCAUCUGAAAAACCCUGGGUCAUUCACAAUAUUCCUUAUUGCAUAACUUCCACUAAGGUGAAUGAAGUUUGGUCAUUUCACCAUACUUCGAAUGAAUCUCAACUGAGUAAGUCAUGCGUCACUGACUUUAAAAUCAAAAACAAAUGUGAGAUCCAUGGCCUGAUUGGCUUUUUUAAUGCAUCACUUUUUGGUGGUGUUUACUUAUCUAUCUUACCAAACGGGACAACAGUUAAACUAGCAAACGCAUCAAAUUCAAGUCUUUCCAGUACUUCAGAUGCAUAUUUAAAGGGUGAGCAUACUCCAAAUAUGGAAUCUUGGUCGCCUAUCAUAUUUCCUCUAAGGCAACCUUUUUUCCUUUCUGAUGACUCUGAACUUGAAGUAUUCAUGACUCGCAACCAUGACUAUUCUAAGAAGAAAUUCUGGUACGAGUGGUCUGUAAGCUCAUUCGUUUAUCUAGUAAUGGCGGAAAAGCAAAGUUAUGGUGCUCAACAGGCGGAAAAGCACACGCUACCUAGUGCUCAAAAAAGCUCCCAGCAAAACAAUAAGCUUUACUCAUCUCCACCAUCAAUGGGAAUCAAAAGUACUUUUGCCCAGUUUCAGCCUUCUGCCAUUGUGUCUGAUGAGGCUCAGAACUUAGUGAAUGAAGAGGACGACAUGUUUGAUUGCUCUGAUAGCGAAAGCGGAUUUUUAAAUGGCUAUCAAAAUGGCUGGAAAAGUGUUCAAGACAUUCAUGGCCUUGACGUCAACAAUGUCCCUGUUUUUGAUCUAAAUGGAGGUCGUGAUUCUAGAAGUUGUGAAAAUUCUGCUGGUGAGGAAUAUCAUGUUAGAGUAAAGACAGGUGUGACUGAAAUGCAAAAUGUUGGUGGGGAGUCUUACAGCAUCAACCUGAGAUAA